AUGGCAUCUCAUGAUGACCACAAUACUAUUUUCCUCACAGAACAAGAGACGGAACGAAUAUGUAAAACGGUCAAAGAAAGGGCAAAACAGUGUUCAGAUCAAAGCGGAAAUGCACGCAGUCCCAGAGACAAGACCGCUGCCAUUCAGCAAGCAACUGGUGCCUCACUCAUGGCUGACAUGGGAGGUGCUCCGGAUCCUGACAUGGCGCAGACUCGAGGCCGAGGGGGUGACAGUAUACCAGUCCUUGUUGUCGGACAACCGUAUUCACCAUGCAGACUCUCCUUAGGUGACCUACAGCCAAUGAAGCUCGCUGAACUUCGCAUGGACACUCACCAUCGAGGGCGGCAGCUCCGCAUCAAAAGAGUGAGCCCCGUUGUCGAUCUUGCGGCUAGAUCUUGGGCUAUGGUCCAAGACGAAGACGGCGAAGACACGGAGCGGCUGGAAGUGUGUCUGCAUAAAUUGCGCCAUGGAGAAGAUAUACUCGAAUCUAGCAAGCGCUUCGUCAUCAAAGACCCUUAUUUUACUUUGACUGAUCAGGGAGAACCAACACUGAGAAUCGACCAUCUGUCAGAUCUGGUCAUUUGCCACGAAGACACACAAUCUGACCUCAAAGAAGCCACGGCCGCGGAAAAGGCAGCCGUUGCUUGUAAAAACAGGGGAAAUACAGCACUCAAGCAACAAGAUCUUCCUCUAGCUCACAAAGAGUACACCAAUGGACUCAGCAUUGCAAGGCAAGACCUCGUAUCAGAAAAGAAUCCAGAUCUUGCAAGGGACAUAUCUCGCAACCGCGCCUACAUCAACCUCCUAUUAGAAUCGUACGACGAAGCCAUCACAGACGCACAGGCCUCGCUUACUGGACGAGAGGACCAACGAUCAAAAGAACUCGACGGCAAAGCGCAGUAUCGCGCUGGCUGUGCAGCAUAUAAUCUAGGCAACUACGAGCAAGCCAAGCGGUUCUUCGAGGCACAACAAAAUCUCUCUCCCGACGACAAAGACGCAAAAAAGGAACUGAAACGAAUUGAAAAGCGGAUGCUCGAGGCGGAAACCGGCUCCUACGACCUCAUCAAGAUCCGAAGCACUCUUUCCCCAAAGCACCCACGUGUAGACGCCGCCACUUUCACCAUAAACACUGAAAUCAAAGACAGCCCUGGACGCGGCCGCGGUCUUUUCGCCACUCGCGACUUGCGCGCCGGAGAAAUCAUCAUGGGCGAGAAGCCGCUAUGCGUGGUGUGGGGUCACGAAAGCGAGGCCUUCACCGCCAUGACCUACGACCUGCGCGACGACAAGAUCCGCUUCUCCCCCGUCGGUCUCACAAAAGCCAUUGUGCAAAAAUUGCACAGCAAUCCCUCGCUGAUCAAACCCGUCAUGCAACUCUACUCCGACUGGCAAGACGAUGGCGAAACAGCACCCGAGCAGACUGCCCAAGGCCCCAUCGUCGACGUCUUCCGUGUCCACGACAUCAUGUCCCGCAAUGCGUUCCACCCUGGUAACCAAUUUGGGCACGAUACGGCGCGGACCCCUAGCACAGGUCUCUGGGUGCAUGCCGCAUAUGUGAACCACUCGUGCGUGGCCAACGCCAAAAAGGAGUAUUUCGGAGACUUGAUGCUGCUGCGCGCCACGGCACCCAUCAAGCAAGGCGAGGAGAUCUUCCACUGCUACCAGGACGCGCUGAACUAUGAGGCGCGGCAGGCAGCGCUGUUGACAACAUGGGGGUUUGACUGUGGGUGUGGGCUUUGUGUGGCGGAGAGGGCGGAUGGGAAAGAGCUGAGGGAUAAGCGCAUGCAGCUUGCGGGGGAGGCCGACGCGUUUGUAGAGAAGACAGCUUGGGCUGGGGCAAAGAGAUUGGCUAUUAGAAAGGCGCAGCGGCUGGCACAGGCAAUUGAGGAGACCUAUGAUGCGGAGAGGUAUAGGGGUUUGCCGAAGAGACAUGGGGAGAAGAUUCAUGCAUGGGUUUCAAAGGCAAGUCCACGAUGA